AUGUCGUUCCCUUCUCCACCUCCACACAAAGUGCAACCGGACGACGAAACAUUAGAGUAUGAUGGUUUCAAUUGCGAGAGAAUGAUCGAUGAUCUUAGCGAUAAUGAAGAUGAAUUAUUGCAACCCGUACUCCCCGUCUCCCGAAAACCGAUAAUCAGACCCAGCAGACCUCCCGCAACAGGUGAAGAGUAUCUCCGUAUG